AUGAAUGUUCUUUUUCUAACACGUGUAAAGAGUGAUGAGAGUUUGAGUGCAGAAGAGUGGAAGACUCUAACUUCUUAUUUAAAGAAGUUAGAGAGAGAUAGAGUAAGGAAAGCUUCCUCCAGAAGCUUAAGUAGAUCUCAUUCUAACGAGCAAGUUUCUGACUUGGUAGCUCCUACCCCUCUUGUAGUAAUUGCACCUUCUCCCUUCACAGAACCAGCAGAUUCGGCAACGGAACUCGCAGAUCUGAAAGCUGCCCUUAAGAGGAUGGAACUUAAGAUGGCAGCUUUAGAAAGUAAGCAUAGUGAUAAUGCAGUGAAUAGUGCAGUGGACAGUGAUGUUUUGCAAUCAGAAUCGGCCUCUGAAAUCGCCGACCUGAAGGCUACUAUUCACAGGAUGAGAUCCAAAAUGGCGGCCAUGCAAGAUAGAAGACUUCCUGAUUUUGAAGCAGAUUCUCCUUUGGAUCCUGGUGUAGACGAGAGUUCAGAAGACGAGGCUCGUGGUAGGGAAGGACUCUCAAGUUACAAAGUCUUGACAGCCCUUCUGCUUCAGGAAUAUGGGGACACGUUAACUCCUGCUGCUCCUCCUCCGCGCUCUCUGUUUUCAAGUGCAAAGGCCCCUAAGUCUUCAUCUUUCUUGAAAAUGAGACCUACCAUCUCUAUGAAGAGGGCUCUUCAGUCUCUUAACGCAUGGAUGGAAACGAAGAAGGAUCUUGUCAGGACGGUCUUCUGCAUGCCCCCAGCGAGACUCGCUGGCAGAAGGGGCAUUUGGUAUAAAACGGGGGAGAAUAUGGGUCUUUCUCUCCCAUCCUUGGCUGAAGCAGACUUCUCUACAUUAGUUGAUGCUUCAAGAAGACAGGGACUGAACUCUGCUCGCGUGACUUGGGGCAUUUCCGAGCUAGAUCAUCUCCUCAAGGGACUCUUCCAUGUUUUGGAAGUUUUCAAUUUCUUGGAUUGGUCCCUUGGGGUGAUGUCUAAGAAGGCGCAUGACUCAGAGGGUCUCGACCCGAAAGUCCUUCUUUGUAUCUUGUCGUGCAUCGACAAGGCAGUACAAGAUGGCUCCUUAGAAGUCUCCUCUCUAUUUGGAGUGGGACUACUGAAGAAGAGGGCAGUAUUCAGUGCUUUUCUGACCAAGGCGGUCUCCUACUCUCAAAGAGCAGCACUUAUUUACGCUCCCAUGUUUGACUUUUUGUUUCCUUCUCAGUUAGUGAAGGACAUUUCCCGAUCACUAACUGAGAAGGCGACGCAAGACCUCAUUCAAUCUUCAAGAAAGAAGAGACCUGCUGCAACGGUUGAGAAGAAAGGGCCGAGUACGUCUCUUCAGCCCUUUAGAGGAGGCCCUCCCUCCAGAGCUCCCUCUAAAAGGAAGGCUCCUUUAAGAAGGGAAAGUGAAUCUAUGCCCCUCCAAACACCAGUAGGUGCCAGGCUCCUAGGAUUUGCGGAGGCCUGGGCACGUAUCAACACGGACGCUUCUUCAACGUCUGUGAUAAGCUUUUUCAGUCGAGAUGUUGCAAUACCAGUGCAGUCCCGUAUUUGUUUCAUCAAAUUUCAUGAUAGAGAUUCUGUUGCAGUAGCCCAGCAUCUUACAAACACAGUCUUCAUAGAUCGUGCCCUUAUUAUUAUACCUUUUGCAAUGGGUGAAAUGCCUGAUGAGCAGAGGGCCAUGGAAAUCCUGAGCUCUGGUGGUACUAUUCCAGGGAUUGGACAGGAAUCUAAGUGGCCAGCUCAUGUUACUAACCAGAUUGAAGGCAUCAUUCUAAGGACAUCUGAUCCAACUCUGACAGAAAAUGACUUGCCAGAUUAUCCCCCUUUACCAGCUACAACUGAAUCUCACAAAAUAAAUGAGAUUCGACGCACAGUUAUUUUUGACAAUCUUGAUCCUGCAGUAACUGCUGAAGAGUUGAUGGAAUUAGCAGCUAAAGCUGGAGAAGUGCGUUAUCUACGCCUUGGAUUGGAGUCUGGUGGAACUAAGAAUGCAUUAGUGGAAUAUUCAGAACAACCUUUUAUAAUUUCAGCUCUUAAAAUGCAUCAUCAGGAGUUCAUGGGACGUCACAUCAAAGUGAACCAUUCUACCACUGCUAUUAUUAAGCCUCAAACAAAAAGCAAUGAGGCAGCUCAGCGAGAAAUUGAGGAAGCUAUGAGAAGAGUUAAAGAGGCUCAAAACUUUAUUGCAUCAGCUAUUGACCCUGUUAUGUCUUUCUUGGACUCUUCCAAGGAUAAAAGAUCCAGAUCUAGAUCACGCACGCGUUCUCACUCUAGACGACGUUCAUCAUCAAGAUCCAGACGUUCUAGGUCUAGGAGAAGAACAAGAUCCAGAUCACGUCGCAGAAGUCGUUCUCGAUCAAGAUCCAGAGAACGACAUCGUCGUUCCAGGAGCCGUAGCUCAAGGAGAAGAAGAUCUUCGCGCUCAAAGUCACGCAGGAAAUCUCAUUCAAGUCUGAAGUCAAAUGGGCAUGACGUCACCGUGGUUACGUCUCCAUCUCGUCGAAAGUCCAGAUCAAAGUCUCGUUCAAAACGGUCAAGGUCAAAGUCCAAAUCAAAGUCAUCCUCUUCAAAAAGAGAGAGAGGAAGCAGCAGCAGCAGCAACAGUCGUAGCAACAAAGAUCAAGAAAAAUCAAAAGAUAAGGAUAAAAAAGACAAGAAAGAGGAUAAAAAAGUCUUGGAAACAAUAUCAGAGAAAGAGGAGAAUGCCAGUGAGGAGAAAGAAGAUACCAAGAAGGAGGAUUCCAAGGGAGAUGAUAAAGAAAAGAAAGAAGAAAAGAAAAAGGAGCCUUCAAAGUCUAGGCGAAGCAGAUCUCGUAGCCGCUCACGGGAGAGAAAAAGUCGUAGAUCUCGUUCACGGUCUCGCAGCAGAAGGCGUUCAAGAUCCAGAACUCGUUCAAGGAGCCGCACUCGCUCGAAAAGAGCUCAUAGAACAAGGUCACGGUCACAUUCUCGGAGAAAGUCUCGCAGCAAAUCAAGAUCUCGCCGAGAUCGAUCCAGAGACCGUCGUAGGUCACGUUCCCAUGAACGGACAAGGAGGAGGUCACGUUCAUCAUCUAGGUCAAAGAAAGAUUCACGACGUGACCGAAGCCGAAGUCGAGAUCGUAAGGAAAAAGAUAGAGAUAAAGAAAGGCAGAAGGAAAAAGAUAGGAAAGACAAAAAGAAAGAUAAAAGGGAAAAAGAUGAAAAAAAGAAAGAGUCAAAGGUGUCUCGUGAUUAUGAUGAAGAAGAACAAUUGGGAUAUGAUGGAGAAGAUGACAAGGGAAAAAAGAGGGACAGAGAGGAAGAAGAUACUAAAGAUAAGGAUGAGGCUGUUGAUAUGGAUAUUUCUAAUUCACCUUAAACUUCUAGAUUCUUAAUACUGUUUUGUUUUAGUUCAGAAGCUUGGCUAAUCCACAUUUAGUUAGUUCGCAAUUGUUGGACUGAACCUGUCAUUUUAUGUUUAGUGCCUAAGAAAUAUAUUUCUUUCAAUCUUUGAAAGUGUUCCAGUGUGAAGUAAAUACCUGUAAGUGAGUAGCCAGUGGAGGGUUUGAAAAAUUGGUGUCAAAAUUCUUCAGUUUUUCCUUUUCUAUUAUAGUCAGUGACUUUGGCAACUUAGGUUAACAUGAAGGUUGCAUGGAGACAUUCCAUGUAUAAUUUUAAGAUUACACAUUUUUGUAGUUAUAGAGACCGCUGUUUUGAGUUAAAUUUUUACUGAAAAAAUGCAUGGUGAUACAGCACUUUAAAUGUGUAAUUCUUUACUGUUUUGGUAAUUGUAAAAGCUAAUUAGUAGCCUUAAUUCUGUGGCACACAAAUUGGCGAACAUUUAUUGUAUAGUUAACCAUUUGAAGGUUAUAAAAUUUGGAGAUUCUUGUUAUAUAUCACAGGUGAUGAUUUUGAAAUCAUUGACUCAAUUAUGAGGGUUGUAUGAAGUCUUAUUCCAUAUACUAUAAUUAUAGGAUAUACCUUAUUAUUUUUAACAGUUAGUAAGAGAGGUUUGUUGUGAUUUACUUUUUUAUAUAAAUAAAUUUGCUGAAGUAAUACUGCAUAAGAAUGGUAUGUAAUUCCUUUGUAUUUUGGUUCAAUGUAAUUUUUUAAAAUUAAAAUUAUUAAUCUCAUGUGGUGCAGUUAGGAUGAGCUCUCAUAAUGUUGUACUAAAUGGCUGUUCUUGUAGAGAAUCUACUCUUUCAUAAUUUAUUGCUAGCAGGUUACAAAGAUAUCUUAAUCAGAGUGAUAAAUUACUGGGAUACAUGAAAAAUGUUAAUAUACGAAAUAGAAGAUUUAAUUUCUCAGUGAAAGUUGAUCUUUAAAAGUUAUGUCAAUGAAAAAAGACUUACAACUUGGUUACUUUAUUGUUAUAUUUUUAACAAAAAUUUCUUUAGCUUUCCUGUCAUUUGCUGUAGUUCUAUCGAAGUCAUUACAUUUAUGAUGUACACUGUUACAUUUAUUCCAUCCUCUUAGCACUUAAAUUCAAAGAUUAGUUCUGAUGAAAGUUUGCCCAAAAUACUUAAGUUUGUAAUUGUAACAUGGAGUUACAAGCUGUAAAUAUCAUCUCAACACCUUAUGUGAUAAUAUUUUGUUCACUACAUUAAGUAUAUAAUACAUUCAUUGAAGGAAAUAUGAUGACAGUUUUUGACCCAAAGUAAGUUGUUUCUCAAAUGAAUAGCAUCAUUUUAUGCCCCAGUCAUGAAUAAGUUAAUGUUGCUCAUAUGACAUUGUCCAAAUUUUAUGCUUGUGACUUUAUAGUUGUAGGAUGGUUUUAGAGCAGCCCAGUAGCCUCUAUUGAAAAUGUGGACAUAAGGAUCAGCUUUGAAUUACUGCCAGAAAGUGCACAUGAAAGGAACACUUCUGUGAAAUUUUAUCACCAGUCCAGGAAAGUGCUUCACAUCUAGGUUUGGAUAAUUUUCUGUAUGAUUUCUUUUAUAUUUUUCAUAAUAUGAACUUCACUAAGUAUAUGAAAGUCUUUACUUCUUUAAUUUUGAUUCUGAAUUGGUACAUCAUUAAUUUUGCCCUAAUCAGUUGUAUAUGAAUAAAAGAAAUUAUCUGGGA